CACGUCUUGAGGUACUGCCGACCAACUGAAUCAUGCUCAAUCGAGAGGCAGAGGCAGAUGCAGAUGCAGGAGCGGACUUUGACCCUUUCGCGCAACUUGCGGACUGUGGUGGUGACACGCAGUCUUUCAGCUCGCGCCUUGCGGCUACCUAUGCGGAUGUGAAUAAUGUCAAUGCGAGCGCGGAUGCAGAUGCGGCCAGAGACUCCCAGGCUGCCGACGCUCCAACAAGUACAGCUUUGAACGUCUUCACUCUCAGGGCUGCCAACUACGCUGCGCUGGCGUCCAUGCGUAGGCUGACCGAAGUCGUGACUAGCCAGCCUCUCCUCAAGUCUUACGAACAUGCCCGUCAGUUCAUCCAAUUCGAUCCGCCGCAAAGCGCCGCGUCUGCUCUUGGGCUUCGCGACUCCUCACCGCUUUCCGUGCCGAGCAGCUUCGCCGCGGGCCAGGACAACGAACUCAGUGUGCCUUCUGCCCAGCCGUCAUCUCCAUCAAUUGUCUCGCACGCCCCGGACUUCAACGCUAUCGUGAACUCGUGUUCUUGGCUCGUGUCGCUGGCGCAUGUGAUUAGAGACCCCAAACUUGGCUGGGUCUUGGGCCGUGAUGACGACAAAGCAGACCUGCCGCUCAAGCCGAACAGUCCUACUAUGGUUCGCCUUGUCCACGCCUCCUUCAGAUAUGACCCGAGUGGUCAACUUCAGCUCUACGCACUGCGUAAAGGCGUCACACUGGACGGAGUCACCUUGCCCGAAGGUGAGAAACGUACAUUACAUGCUGAAAGCCACAACAUUGGGAUCGCAGAUAUGAGUUUCACAUUCCAGUCGGCUCGCCGCCGUGACGAAGAUUCCGCUUUCCGCCAGCACCUGCAACAUUGGGCUCAUGGACUCGACUUGGACAUCCAUCCUCACAAGUACUUGUGCGCUACGCCAAAGCACGUCGACAUUCUUGCCGGUAGGUACAGGGUUCUCGCUGUUGUUGGCGUUGGCGGCCUCCAAUCCAUAAAUGACGGACGAACGACUAUUUUCGGCGGCGUCGAUGAUAAAACGAACACUGCCGUUGCCAUCAAGACAUGCAAGCGGCUCGAUCAACGAAGUGCUAACGCCGUUGCUGACGAGGCAGCCAUCUACCGCAACAUUACUUCUGCUAUGCCUGCGCCACCCUCUGUGGCCGACUUUGUCCUCAGACUGCAUGAUGAGGUUCCUCCAAUACUUGAGCUUCCCAUUGAUCAGCGCGAUACUGUCCACUUGGUCUUCUCUCCACUGGCAGACAGUGAUCUUCACAGUUAUGCUUUUGGCACCCAAAGCUACCUCGAUGUGCCUACGGCCAUUGCUCAAUGUCUUUUGGCCGUACAGUGGCUUCACUCCAUCGGCUGGAUCCAUCGCGAUAUCAAACCUAGCAACAUCGGGGUUCGAAGUCAUCCUUUCCGCAUCGUCCUCCUAGACUUGGCCCAAGCCAUCAACCCCAAAACCUCACCAGAUGCUUGCGUUCCUCGGCCCGGCACUCUCGGCACUCUCGGCUACCUCGCACCAGAGCUGGAGAAUGCCGCAUUUUGCCCAUCUCCUGCCUCGCCUAAGUACGAUUCAAAGGUCGACAUCUUCUCGCUCGGAGUCGUAGCGCUCGACCUCUUACAUCGACCUCCGUCUCACCAUCAAGAUGUGGAAUGGACCCGUAACCCCAACCCUUUUCUCAAUAAACACGGAGGAGAAUACCAAAGGUUCAAAUCCGCCAUUGCACGACUUCGAUGUUCAGAUCGACUUUCCCCAGAAUUCCUUAUAAGUCAAAUGCUGGAGCCUUACCCAACGAUGAGGCUUGACGCCGAUAGCGCGCUGCGACAUCCGUUUCUAGAGACAGCAGUAAAAGAGCAGCGAAUGCAGUUGGAGAAGGCGAAGGAGGCACAGACUCAGCCCGGAGAGAAGAGGCAGCGUAGCGGAAGUUGA